AUAGUGAAAAAUUUAAGCUUACUGAAAAGAAGCGAUGGGUUCAAAUUGUUCAGUUCUUUUGCACGAAUCCGAAUUGGAGGAGAUAAAGAAAGAGACUGGAUUCAGUUAUAAUCAAAUAAUUAGACUAUAUAGUAGAUUUACUCGAUUAGAUAAGGGAAGUAAGGGUUUUUUGAAUAAAGAAGAUUUCUUAACAAUUCCCGAGUUGGCUAUUAAUCCACUAGCUGAUAGGAUAACACAGGCAUUUUUUACUGCUAACCCGAAAGCUGUCAACUUUAAGACGUUCACAAGAAUUCUGGCAACUUUUCUUCCACAUCCAAGUAAGAGAGAAGACAAACUAAAAUUAAUUUUCAAUUUAUAUGAUAUCGACAACGAUAAGAAAAUUCAUAAAGAAGAAUUAAUGACCGUACUGCAAAUGAUGGUUGGAUCGAAUAUAUCGGAUAAAAGAUUGGCUGAUAUUGUUGAUAAAACUAUGGAAGCAUCAGAUAUAGAUAAAGAUGGUGAUAUAGGAUACGAGGAUUUUAAGAAGGUGCUGUAA